CAGGCUCCGCGCAGAACCCCAGCUCCGCGAAGGCGCCUCUCUCGGGCCGACUGCGCGCAUCCCUGGCGCUCUCCCCGGGAGGAAGCAAGAUGCAUUUCAGAAACUUUAACUACAGCUUUAGCUCCUUGAUUGCCUGUGUGGCAAACGGUGACAUCUUCAGUGAAAGUGACACCAGGGCCAAGUUUGAAUCCCUCUUUAGGACGUACGACAAGGACAUCACCUUCCAGUACUUCAAGAGCUUCAAGCGGGUCAGAAUCAACUUCAGCAACCCCCUGUCCGCCGCGGACGCCCGGCUGCGGCUGCACAAGACCGAGUUUCUCGGGAAGGAGAUGAAAUUGUAUUUCGCUCAGACUUUGCACAUAGGGAGUUCACACCUGGCCCCACCGAACCCGGACAAGCAGUUUCUGAUCUCUCCCCCCGCCUCGCCGCCCGUCGGCUGGAAGCAAGUGGAGGACGCCACCCCCGUCAUCAAUUAUGAUCUCUUAUAUGCCAUCUCCAAGCUGGGGCCAGGGGAAAAGUAUGAACUGCACGCGGCCACCGACACGACGCCCAGCGUGGUGGUCCAUGUGUGCGACAGCGACCAGGAGACUGAGGAAGAGCUGGACAGAACCAGGAGGCCCAAGCCCAGAAUUAUCCAGACCCGACGGCCGGAGUACACGCCCAUCCACUUGAGCUGAGCGGCCCCGACCAGGGGUCCGGGUCACACUCGCGGGGAGGCCCGUUUUACUGUGAGAGCACCGGGCGCGACCUUGGGAGCAGCAGCCGUGGCCCAGGUGGCGGGAUCCGGUGCACACUGCUCGGCAGAGGCUCGGGGCUCGGGCUCCGGCUCUGACACCGCAUGUCACUCACUGUUCACGGCCCCGGGAAUGUCCCGGGCCAGCCACGGCGCCUGGGUGAUCGCACACAGACUUUAGGGGACGUCCUGAGAAACCCGAUAACUAGUGUUUUGUGCUCGUUUUUCCCGGUGGUUCUGCUUUUGCUGAGGGCAGGCUGAUCACGGGGCCCGGGUCCGUCCCAGGCAGCCCUUGGGGUGGACCCUGUCCUGCCGGGAGAGGCACCGUGAUCACCGAGAGCUUUGAGAACCGCUGUGCAGCGUGGAAACUGUAGCGUCCUCCUCCCUCGUGCCUGCUGUCCCUGCAUGUGUGUCACUGGCCCCCAGAACUAACCUCUGUGCGUGUGGAGUCGCACCCCGGUCACCCCGCGUGUGUCUGGAAGACAGGAGAGCGUCGGGAAGCCGCCAGCUUCCAGUCCACGACUCCUCGCAGCAGCGCCCCCCCCAGGCCCCCGGGGCCGCUCGUCCUGUCGGGGGCACCCCCCUGCGCUCUUCCUGAAGGAGUCCGUCCAGAGUCCUAGGCAGGGCCCGCGUCCAGCGUUCGGAGACGUUGGACUCUCGGUGGGCGAGACGUUUCAGCCUCGGCGCCUUGGCUCGGACGUGGGUCUCCUCUGUUUCUGUCACCUGGCGUUUGUAAUGUCCCAGCCGGACCCUGCCUUGGGAGUUGCUGGUUAAGGUCGUUGAUUUUUUUUUUACCCGCUGGAACAUCACGGUGAACUUGUAAAUAAAGCCGAGGACACACACUCCUCCCUCUGUGCACGCGGGCGGGAUACGCAGCAGCGGGAGGUGGCGGGACUCGCGCCCUGUAGGAGACACCGGACAGCACGACCAGACUCGGACUCAGAGCCCGAGGGGCGGCGGGGCCUGGGGGCCUGAGGCGCUCGGUGCGUCCCUGCUUGUCCCGCGGGUCGGCCCCGCGGUUGUCGUCUGCGACUUUUCCUAGCUGCACUGUGUGCGUCCGGCGGACAGGCGUUCCCUUGGCCUUAGAGCACCGGCGCGGAGCCGUGGCGCUGAAGCCCCGGGCCGGGAGCGGUGCGCUUCGGGAUGAGGCCCGUGGUUCUCUUCAGGAGCGGAGGCGCUCGGCUGGUCACACCAAGAAGCCGGAUGCUCUCCAACCCUGUUGGCAGCACCGGGCGGGCUGGGGCCGGUGCGGAGACGUCGCGUCGCUUUUCGGUGUCCCUGGCUAAGUGCUUUUAAACUGGAGAGACAACCUCAGAGUAUUUUUUCUAACUGCGUUCUAUAAUAAAUUGACAUGACAUGCUCUUACGGAAAA